GUUUGUAAAGAUGUCCUCUGCACACUCAGCCAACAGUAACCAAACCAGCCUUGAAAAACAGUUAACAACCAAGUGCAGCAUGUUGAGUUACUUUGAUAAAAACAUUAGUGAGGCCAUCCAGAAGCUGGAUGAGAUCAAAGAAAGAGGGAGGGAUGCAAUAGUCAAUAAAUCCCCAAUGUUCUCCCUGGUGUCGACUGCUGAUGAAGAGCUCCAGGUGGAAGCCUACAACCUCUACAGUCAAGGUCUGAAAUAUGUAUUUUCUGUGGAAGAGAAGCCUCGUUUCUCAUGGGAAGGUCUGCUGGUGUUCUGUCUUGGAGUUCUGCAGAUUAUUGGAGGAGCACUGCUCACUGCAUUUACAUUUGGGACAUUUGCUCAAGUCGGCAUGGAACUCAUCACUGAAGGAAUAUCAGACUGCAUCACUGGCAUAGAGGCCAUGGUGACUGGAGAAUUCAGCUGGACAUCAUGGGCUAUAGAUAAAGCCAUUUCUAUAGGUGUAUCUCUCAUUGGGUUUGGAGUUGGAAAACUGAUUGCAAAGGGCUUCAAAGCUUCUAAAAUGUCAAUUAAGGGAUUCGGCAAACAGCUGAAGGCGAUGCCAAAGUUUCUUUCCAGUCAGGCUAAAGAAGGUUUAAGUGUUGUUGCAAAGACAAACAUGAAGAAUGCCGUAAAACUUACUGCUAAAAAAACAGUAGAAGAAGUCAUGAUGUAUGGACUUGGGAAGGCAGAAGAGAAAAUACUGAAAGAAAUACUGAACAGCAUCAAAAAUGAGGUGAAAAAGGGAAUUGUUGAAGAUGUGAAAUCCAACAUGGAAAAAGAGCCCUUGGCUUCAUUAGUAGACUCCAUCGUCCUCUCACACCUUGAGGAUAAAAAGCAGCUUCAUGAUCUCCUGCAGGACAAGAACAGAAAGAGUGAGCUGCUGGCCAUUUUCAGAGAGUUAAGCAACACUGCUGUACAGCAUAUCUAUGCUGACCUCAGCUGGCAGAACAAGCUCAGCUCAUCCUUUACAGAGAUUGACAACGCUAUAGCAAUGGCCAGAGGAACUGUACGUGGAAUUCUGACAGCUGUCAACAUAGGAGCACUGGCAGUCGCUGCCAUUAGUGCAGUGCACAGUAUCUCCAGCAAGUUUUUCUCGAACCUCCAUGAACAGCUGAAUAUAUUUAACGAAAACAAAGCUUCGUCAGAAAAAGUGAAGGUAAAUGAGCUGUCUGCUUCAGAUGCUGAGAUGCUGAAAGAAUUCAAGCAGGACUUGGCCGACACCAUCAGUGCUUUAUUGGCUGAUGCUUUGGUAGAAGUGUUCCACCAGAAGUUCUCCAGUCACAUUGUUUCUCGUGUUCAAGGAAAAGUAAAUGGCGUCAUUCGCCGUUAUGUAAGAACUGGCUUAAAGAGUGACAGAACAGAGGAAAAACUCAGAGCUGGACAGAACAACAGAUACAUCUCAUACAUGCCAGGAGACCCGAAUGCUAAACUUGAACCUGCAGGAGAGGCAGGAAUACACUCAGAAUCACAUGCUGAAAAGAUCCUGAAUGAGGGGACUGCAGGCACCAUUCUCGAUAUCAGAGUCCUGUCAGAAGCCACUGGGACUAAGGUUGUUAUUCUAACAGAGGACAGCCAUGGCAGACUUACCAAGAUGCAGGAGCUGAGCCCAGGAGCUAAAGCCACCAGUCAAACUGUGACACUGAUCUACAGACCAAAGAGUGUCCAACACCCAGACGGCCAUUAUGACGUGCGCAUCAAUAACCAGACAGUAAACAUAGACAGCGAGAGCAAGAGCUGCCUGUUUCACGCUUUGGCACGAGGCAUGAAACCAGAGGCCAGUGAAGAAGAGAUCGCUUUAGAAGCAGACCGCCUCCGAUCUGUGGAGGCCGACACUCUCCUCAGACAUCCAGGCCAAUGGGAGCCUUUCAUCAAGCGCAAAGAGUGGACUGAAGCAAUCAGAGGAGGGGACUGGUACAUGGCAGAGGGAGCAGGAAGAAACAACAAAAUUAAAGAAAGCAAAAAGAGACUUCAGCAAGAGGUUGGAAAAGUAGGACGUUACAAAGAUUUGCAAAAAAAUGAAAAGCUAAAUCCCGGACUUGGACAGUUCAUCAAUGCAGAUCACUGGCCACCAGUAAGUUGUUUAUUAGAAGCUAGAAAACUGAACCAGAAUAGCAUAUUAGCUACAGCCUUUCUUAAAGUGGGAACAAACUCAUCUCCUCUGGAUCCCAACCUGAUUCCUGAUGUGCACAAAUAUCAUGGCCGUGAACUUCCAGCUGUUUAUGUGCCAAAAGAGGUGCAUCUUGAGUUUCCCAGUACAAAAUCAAAACAAUUCAGAACAUGCUUAGCGACCUACAUCAGCAUGGAUGAUGUUGUGGGCGCCUUCAAAGUGAUGACCCUUGGUUCAAUGCCGAGAAGUAACUUGAAUAGCAACAAGAACUUCAAAGACUUUCAGGACAACCAGAAGUCUAAAACCAGGCUUGACGUUUAUGGAAAGAGUUUUGAGAAAGUCAGUCUAAAGAUGGUAAAUACGUAUUUCAACCUGCUUCGAGGAGUCAUGACAGAAGACCACUGUACCACCCUUACGAGCUGGAUCAAGAACAACGGCUACAAUAAUCCAAAUGAUCCACACAGGAAACUAGUGUCCAACCUCCAAUUAUGAAAAGUGUAUUGACACCUGGGAAUGUUACUGAUCAACCAGUGAAAGUUCAUCAUCAAGCAUCAAGAGACCUCUCUGACGAUGUAUCAUGAGGAUCACUUUUCCUUUGGUUUGAUUUUAAAUCAAACAUAGACUGUGCCAUUGGACAGACUUUUCACAAACAACAUAACUGUCAAUGUGCCUAUUUUACACCCCAACAGUUCUGCCUUUGGCCAUAUGAUUCUCUGGUAGUGAGUUGUAAAUAUCUCCACUGAAAUGUUCUACGUUCUGUCCAUUUGUCCUGGUGUGUCUGGAAAUCUAGGAGCAAUGGUACGUGGUUAGGACAGAAACAUACAUUUAAAUAGAAAUUAGACAAAGUCCAUGUUUAAACAAUCUAUUGCUGUAACUAAUGAUAAUUUGUCACUAGAACGUUGUCAGUGGAGAACAUCACCCGUACUAAUUACUGUAAAAGGUCAUAAUAAUCUUCCUACCAUAUAUUUAGGGUUCCCCUUUUUCCAAAGAUGCAGUUGUUGAGCAGCCACAGCAGGCUAAUAUAAUUUUUAAAUUUAAAUCAGGUCUGUGCUGUUUUAUAGUGAGGACUCACAAUGUUUGAUUUUAGCUUCUUGGAUGCUUCAGUGAAGUCUGAAUCCUGACUAUAGGUAAAACAAUCUAAAGUUAGAAAACCUCAGUCUGUAAUGGGAAAAGAUUUAGGAUGUGUCUUUAAUGAGGACCCCUGGUUUGUUUGUUUUUACAGUACAAAUCUUUUUUUCACUGUUUUAAAGAACAAAACUUCAAAUAGUGGACUAUAAAUUAUUCCACAGUUUCCAUAUGUGCUUUGAUUAUCAAUUUGAUUCACCAUUUUUUCAGCCAUACAUAUUUCCUCAUGUGUGCUGAACUGCUACAUUAAUUUCUGUUGUUUUUUAAUAAGAAAUAUCUUCAUGUAUCCUCACAGUUCAGCAUCCAUUAAUGGAAAAGACUUUUACGGUCAGACAUACCUUUUAAAUUGAUUCUGUCAUCCAGAGAAAGUGAGGUAAAUCUUUUUAUUUUCCUUGUUCUGUGCUCAACAUUUCUUACUAUAUUUUAUCACUAUCUUCUCAUAGUGUGCUGAUUGUGUUGCCUCAACAACUAGAAAAAUAUAAUCAACCAUAUGUAUCAAUUAAUGGAGCAAGCUAGCGACUAGCUAACUUUUGUCAACUUUCAAUUUAUAUGUACUUUAUUAUACAAGCAAACACAUUUUCUAUUGGUGUGAGCAGCUGCAGGGAGCUGCCGAGAAACAUUUAAAAAUAUGUUGUGACUGUCACGAUCUGGCUCUUGGACCAUGACAAAUACGGAGACACACCAUGUUGAAAAUAUAACAAAGUCAUU